AUGUCCUCUGCCAAUCUAGCAUUGUGGGUCACUCCAAACUUGUCGAAAGUCGACACUUUUGGCUUCUGUUCUCAAUUUCAAUCCAACCCAUUCGGCCUUUCGAUUGGGAAAGGAGCUUCCUUGCAGACACCACCAAGAGCUCUAAUCUGCUGCGGAAUCCGUGAGCUGAGGGAGCGGAUGCAAUCAGUCAAGAACACCAAAAAAAUCACCGAGGCAAUGAAGCUCGUGGCUGCUGCAAAAGUCCGGCGAGCUCAAGAAGCUGCGGUCAACGGCAGACCUUUUGCCGAAACCUUACUUGAUGUCCUCUAUGAUAUCAACGAACGCCUUCAGCCAGAGGACGUUAAUGUUCCUCUAACAGAGGUUAGACCCGUCAAGAAAGUUGCUCUCGUUGUUGUCACGGGUGAUAGGGGUCUCUGUGGUGGUUUUAACAAUGCUGUUUUGAGGAAGGCAGAAGCCCGUAUGGCUGAAUUAGGAAAGCUUGCGUUGGAUUGCUCUGUGAUCAGUGUGGGGAAGAAGGGUAAUUCGUACUAUAUGCGCAGGCCUAACAUUUCAGUUGACAGGUUCGUUGAAGGGAACAGUUUCCCCACAGCAAAGGAGGCUCAAAUGAUUGCUGAUGAUGUUUUCUCAAUGUUUAUAACUGAAGAGGUUGAUAAGGUUGAGCUUGUGUACACUAAAUUUGUGUCUUUGAUCAAGUCGAAACCAGUGAUCCAGACAUUGCUGCCUUUGUCGCCUAAAGGAGGCAUUCGGGCUGCUAAUGGUGAUUCGGUUGAUGCUACUGAAGAUGAGUUCUUUAGGUUGACAAGUAAGGAAGGGAAAUUGGCUGUGGAGAGGGAGAGUGUGAGUGCCAAAGGAGGUGGUAUGGGGCUUUCACCUCUUAUGGAGUUUGAGCAGGACCCUGUCCAAAUAAUUGAUGCUAUGAUGCCUCUUUAUUUGAACAGCCAGAUCUUGAGAGCACUUCAGGAGUCAUAUGCGAGCGAGCUGGCAUCGAGGAUGAAUGCGAUGAGUAAUGCAACUGAUAAUGCAGUUGAGUUGACCAAGAAUCUCUCUGUUGUUUACAACAGAGAACGCCAGGCUAAAAUCACGGGCGAGUUGUUAGAGAUCAUAGCUGGAGCAGAUGCCUUAAAAGAGUUGCCAUAA